CGAAUACUGGGCACACUCGGCUAUAAUCAAGUUGCUGAAUUGCUGGUGAGUGGCGAGCGCAGUACCGAUUUGUGUAUAUUGGAGAACUUUUUGCACUCAAGUGCCUCACAACUCACCGUUUAUGGACUUUUUCAAUUGCAUUCCACACUCAGUGAUGGACAACUUGCCGUUCUGUUUCGGAACAAUCAUUUUAAUACACUCUACAAAAAUAAAGAUGAAUUAUACGUGCUCGUGACAGAUCAAGGUUUCAUUAAUGAACCAUCGGUUGUGUGGGAAACGCUGAACAGUGUGGAUGGUAGUUCGACUUUCGUGAACGCUUCAUUUUCUAAAUCGAAACCAACAAAUGCAAAUGAGGAUUCUGAGUUAGUUCUUAAAGCGAAUAAUUGUGUAAUCUGGAAUCAUUUGCUGGCGUUAGCGUUACAACAAGAGGAGAAUAAUAAACAGGAGCAGAAUAUCAACACGGCAACUGGGACUAGUAAGACCAAGAAAUCAUCUUCCUCGUUAUCAUUGCAUUCAAAAAGUGGUAGUACACCUGCUCAAACCCCAUCAUCAACUGCCUCCUCAUCAAAGCAUUCCACAAAAUCGUCGAAAUUAGAUGAGGUAAGGCAUCAAAUAUGA